UUUUUGUCCUUAACUAAAACCCUUUCCCCCUUUCAAUUCAACCCUCACACGCACCCUUUCACGGAACCCUCUUCACUGUAACACCAAAAACAAAAACUCUUCAUUCUUCACAGAACAUGCGUUUUCGUUAUCCACACGCUGUAGUUCCAUUAUUCUCCACUAUGAACACUCAAACCCUCUCCAAUUCAACCCCUUUUUCAAACCUUCAAAAAUCACUUUUUCUUCAAACGCGUUUUUUUCAACCUAAAAGACCUUUUUUUACUGUUUUUUGUUCUAAACGUGCUUCAAAGUUUCCUCCUUUACCGCUUAAAACUAAUGGGUAUCAUGGUGUUUCAACUGCUAAGGUUCCUAGACCAGUUCAUUUGGAAGAGAAUAGUAUGGAGAGCCAGUUUGAUAUUUUAAAGAAGAAAUUGGAAGUUGUUGGAAUGGAUACUGGAAUCUGUGUUCCUGGUCAAAACAAUCAUUUGCUUUGUCCUAAGUGCCAAGGUGGUGACACGUUAGAAAAGAGCUUAUCUAUUUACAUUGCACCAGACGGGGGGUCUGCUGCAUGGGUGUGUUUUCGCGGAAAGUGUGGUUGGCAAGGCAGCACCCAGGUCUUUGCUGAUAGCAAUUCAUAUUCUAAGUCAAUGAAAAAAUUAAAACCUACUAAGAAAAAAAGAGAACUUAAGGAGGAGGACCUGCAACUAGAACCACUUUGUGAUGAGCUGGUCGGAUAUUUUUCAGAGCGCUUGAUUUCGAAGGAGACUCUGCAGAGAAAUGGUGUGAUGCAGAGAAAAUAUGAUGAUCAGAUUGUUAUUGUAUUCACAUAUCGUCGUAAUGGAGCGCUUAUUAGUUGCAAGUACAGAGACGUCAACAAAAAGUUUUGGCAGGAAGCAGACACUGAAAAGAUCUUUUAUGGAUUGGAUGACAUAGUUGGAGAAAGUGAUGUUAUCAUUGUUGAAGGUGAAAUGGACAAGCUGGCAAUGGAAGAAGCUGGCUUCCGAAAUUGUAUCAGUGUUCCUGACGGCGCACCUCCAUCAGUCUCUUCAAAGGAGUUGCCACCUCUGGAACAGGACACGAAGUAUCAGUAUCUGUGGAAUUGCAAAGAUGAACUAAAGAAGGCAUCCCGGAUCAUCCUUGCCACUGAUGGCGAUCCACCUGGUCAAGCUUUGUCUGAGGAGCUUGCACGCCGUUUUGGGAAAGAAAAAUGCUGGCGUGUAAGGUGGCCCAAAAAAGGGAAGUCUGAUGAUUGCAAAGAUGCAAAUGAGGUUCUCAUGUAUUUGGGCCCUGAUGCACUGAAGGAAGUGAUUGAGAAUGCAGAACUAUAUCCUAUACGUGGAUUGUUUAACUUCAGAGAUUACUUUGAUGAGAUUGAUGCAUAUUAUCAUCGAACUUUGGGAUAUGACUCUGGUCUCUCAACUGGCUGGAAUAAUCUGAAUGGGUUAUACAAUAUUGUACCGGGAGAACUGACCAUAGUAACUGGAGUUCCAAAUUCGGGGAAGAGUGAGUGGAUUGAUGCUCUUCUUUGCAAUCUUAAUCAAAGUGCUGGCUGGAAAUUUGCACUUUGUUCCAUGGAGAAUAAGGUUAGAGAACAUGCUCGAAAACUUUUGGAGAAACAUGUGAAAAAGCCUUUCUUUAAUGAUCGCUAUGCUGAAGACGCUGAGCGGAUGAGUUUGGAGGAAUAUGAAGAAGGCAAGCUCUGGUUAAAUGAUACUUUUUAUCUCAUAAGGUGUGAAAAUGAUGCUCUUCCAAAUAUAAAGUGGGUUCUUGACCUUGCAAAAGCAGCUGUAUUAAGACACGGGGUGCGUGGACUUGUAAUUGAUCCUUAUAAUGAGCUUGAUCAUCAGCGACCUCCAAAUAUGACGGAAACUGAAUAUGUGAGCCAGAUGCUUACCUUAAUUAAACGCUUUGCCCAACAUCAUGGAUGCCAUGUUUGGUUUGUAGCACAUCCCAGGCAGCUGCACAAUUGGGUUGGGGGUCCUCCUAAUCUUUAUGAUAUAAGUGGAAGUGCACACUUUAUAAAUAAGUGUGACAAUGGAAUUGUUAUUCAUCGUAAUCGGGAUCCUGAGGCGGGCCCUGUUGAUCAAGUGCAGGUCUGUGUCCGAAAGGUAAGAAAUAAGGUCGCAGGGACGAUAGGUGAGGCUGCAUUGUUCUAUAACAGGGUAACUGGUGAGUACUCCGAAGAUGAUAGAAAGAGAUAGCAACAGUCAUACAAAUGAUUUUUGGUAUGCUUGUAUACUGGUCAGCAUGGAGGUGUUGAAUUAAAGUUACCACCUCUAAAAACAUGGCUAUUAAAGUUACUUUGAGGCACCGGAUCGAUAUCAAGAGUGGUAAAUAAUAACAUCUUAACAUGGGUUGUGAAAUUUGACUAUAAUAUCAUAAUUUUGGCUUGAUUAUUUAUAUCCUUUAUCUGUCCUUACAUAGGUGUUAGUGUUACAUUAUAAUUUAAUUUUGCAGUUAUGCAUUUGCAUCCUUGUAUAGUAUAUAGAUAUAGGAUUUUUCUUCUUUGUAACGACUCCUUCAAUCUCAAAUGAUUGAGCUCUAGUAUUAUUAUUAUGGAUUGCAAUCUUCUUUUCAGUAUUUGCUGUAAGUUCUGAUUUGCAAUAUUCAGUUAAUGUAUUAUUGAUGGUUUAUUCUA